AUGGCGUCUCUCGAGCUCCUGCUCUUCUGCCUCGGCGUACUAAUCGUGUGUUUCUUCGACAUCGCUAGUUCGCCCACGUUCGCUUUACUCACUACUGGCUCCGCUAUGUUGUUGUCACCGCAGGCGCUGUUUUGCUUACUCGUUGUUGUUGUGCCGGUGCCUCCAAAGGCGAUAAGGAACGUUUGUUUAGGGUUAUCGCGAUCGCUAUUGCAGCUAUCACAGCUAUUGUUCUCAACACCAGCAACAACAGCCACAAUAGUAACAGCCACAGUACCAGUACCAAUCUCCGCACCAUUGCAACUUCCCACGCAACCGCCGAAAUUGAGGAAACUAAUUCUAGCUGAACCUACCAAGCACAUUGCACCAAGGUACGACGUGGUUAAUACCAGAAUACAAAAUACCUACAGUGUAAAUGCAUACCAAUUCAACCGCGGAUAUCCACCGUUCAUGGCCCCCGACAGGCGCGAUGGCUGGCUCGAGUCUUACCCGAGGUUGAUUGACCGCUCCAGACUGCGCCAGGACAUCUCAAGGGCAUUUGCAGAGAUGGCACCCAAGAAGGCUCCGGAACUAACUGUCAAGUCCGUGGAACUUCCGAAGCCCGCCAUUCCCGCAUCACCCCCUCCUCCUCCGCCGCCGCCGCCGAUGACACAACCCGCAAAUACCCCAUGGAGCCUUGCCCGUACCCUCGCAGCACACCGCCCCCACCUACGCUCACAACAGGAACCAAUACUGCUACUUAACCGCGGUGUCCACAAGAACAAGGGUAACAAGGGCGGGCAUAAACUGAAGGCGGGUCUGCUGUCGCGUCAAAGCGAGAUCGCGAUGCAUCUGGAGGACGUGCGUAUCCGGGCUGUCUCUGCGCUACCGGUAGCACCACAAUCACCACCACCCUCCCCACCACCACCAGCAGCACCAGCAGCACCAGCACUAACAGUACCAUUACAACCGACAUCACCAGCAGGUCCAUGGGAACAGGCCAGCCGACUCCUGCGGUCCGCCAACUGGAGGGCAGCGUGUGGAAAGGUCAGAGGAAAGGGCAAGGGGAAGGAUUUCUUGAAGUGCGAGCGGUCAACAAGCUUCAAGGUGACGGCAAAGACACAGACACUGUUGAGGGCCAAGGUAGCGGGGAGGGACAGGGCAGAGGCAGACCCUAUGGAAUGGGAAUGGGAAACGACGGCCCAGCUGCCCGCAGAAAGGGCGCCGAUGCCAAUGCCCAUCGCAAAGCCUACUGUCGUAGUGGCUCCUACCGUUAUGUCGAUGGCACACGUGCUGGCGCCAGUAUCGAUGCCUGCUCCAUCUAUUUCCGUCCCCGUCGUUUCGAAGACCCGCUCGCCCCCGGCCCAGCCUGCACCGGUGAUGUCGGUAGCUCUACCGCCGAUGCGCGUUCGUAGAGCCGGCGAGCCCGUAAUGCCACAGCAAUCACUGCCCGCACCUACACCCGCACGCGCUCCUGCACCCGUACCCAUACCAGCACCCACACCGGCACCAGCAACGUUAAUGCCUCCACCGGUAAUACCUGCUCCGGUCACACCGAUGGGUCCACCUCCUAGGCCUGCUCCGGUUGCACAUAUGGCUCCACCUCCCAUGCCCACAUCGCCCAAUACAAUCUCACCGCCUACAGUUCCCGCAGCAGGUGUCCGCAGUGUUCCUGGCAAGAAGAUCGCCCUCUGGCUCGAGCCUCUCCCAGACCACGUUCAAGUGGGCAGGACCUUCACCCCCAUGGCACCCAUGAUGGCCAUGCCCGCCCCCCACCCACAACCCCGUGCAAAGCCAAAGCCAAAGCCACAGCCCGCGAAGCCGCCUACGCCGCCACCGGUCGACGCGGUCGACGCGGACUACGACAGCUUCGAGGAGGAGUACGAGGCGGGUGUGGCGGAGGAGCUCGGUAAGCCGGUGCCUGAGAAGAAGAAGAGGACACCGCCCGCGCCUGCACCGGGGGGUGCGGCAUUUAAGUUUGAUGUGACUGCGCUGUCGUUUGCGCCGCCGCCGGCGACGGGCGCGGCGCAGGGGAUGUUGAAGCUGGUGUCGAAGAAGGGGACGGUGUUGAGGGGGAAGACGGUCGGGCCGGAGGCGGAAAAAUUGAGGGCUAGGAGAAGGCUGGAGAGACUGGAUCGUGACGAUCCAGAUCGGUAG